ACCAAGAGUGAACACCCAGCAGAACUGCAGUGGCAGCAUGGGCAGCCCAAAUUCUGAGAGAAGCUUCACUUUUUGGGUAGAAGACCAGGAAAGGGAGCUGCUUUGAGCAGGAGAGAGAAUUCUGGAGAUGAGAGAGCUGGAUGAGUUGAAAACUGGCAGUUCAAAAGGACACUGAAGCUUUAGACACAAGCAUGGCUGGGAAGAGAAACAAGGCUGAGAGAACACAGAGGUAUUGCUAAUGUUACUUAUAAAACUUUGGAAUUUAAAGAAAAAGGAUCUAAGUGAUGAUCUUUCCUUUAACGGGGUGGUAAAGAAAUGAAAAAUAAAAAUAAAAUGUUUGAUAAUAAUAGUUUUAAUAAAAUAACCACUAACAAAGUUGGCAGAGGUUUUAAAUACAUUUUUAUUUAAAAUAACUCAAUGGCAGCUCAGGAGGACAGUAUAUUCACAGCACACAUUCCCAGGAUUGAUAAGGUUCCCUCAGCCCGUUUCCUGCAGCUGGAGAGCUCAAGCAGAUGACGACAACAUGAGUGUUAAUCAUUUCCCGACCAGGCAAUCUUAGUCACAAGUUCAGUAGAAGUGAAAUCAGCCCCUUGGGUUUAAAAGCAGCUAAAAAACUUUUCUCAAUUCACUUUGCAGUUUCUCCCUUUGAGGUUAAGCACAUGGAAAUUCGUUUGGCAAUUCUUUUUAUAUCACCAUUUCCAUUAGUUGCUCCCACAAAUUGGGGUUUAUCUGAUUGUGUGGUAGAUGGGAACCUCAGGAUAAAAUUCAAUGGCUGAAGGCUGAGUGAAGUUUACCCUGGCUGUGGUUAUGAAGAAGGUAAGGUCGCAAUCACCUCCUUUCUACACGGGAGGUAACUGAGGCCAAAAGACAAAUCUGUAGGGCUGUAAAAGGCAGCGUGCGGAGGUGGAGCCCCAAUCUGACUCCAUAAGUCAGAAGCUCAGACAAGGCUUUGGCGGCGGGCCUGCAAGUCCAGGAUGACAGCUCGCUCUGCGGAGGAGCGCUUACAGUCCCAGAAAUCCUGGAUUGAAGGAGUGUUCGACAAGAGAGAAUGUAACAAAAUCAUACCCAGCUCAAAGGACCCUCACAGAUGUACUGCAGGAUGCCAGGUUUGUCAGAAUUUAAUCAGGUGUUACUGUGGGCGAUUGAUUAGAGACCAUUAUGGGAUAGAUGAACCCUGGACCAUCUCAGCUGCCAACGAUAGUGAAAAUGAACAAUGGUCUGUUGAAAAGCACACAAUGAAAAGCUCUACAGAUACCUUUGGCACGAUUAACUUCCAAGAUGGAGAGCACACCCACCAUUCAAAGUAUAUUAGAACUUCUUAUGACACAAAGUUGGAUCAUCUAUUACAUUUAAUGUUGAAAGAGUGGAAGAUGGAACUGCCAAAGCUGGUGAUCUCUGUCCACGGGGGCAUCCAGAACUUCAAGAUGCCCUCCAAACUUAAAGAGAUCUUCAGCCAAGGUUUGGUCAAAGCUGCAGAGACAACGGGAGCAUGGAUAAUAACUGAAGGCAUUAAUACCGGUGUGUCCAAACAUGUUGGGGAUGCCCUGAAAGCCCAUUCGUCCCAGUCCUUGAGAAAAAUCUGGACAGUUGGAAUCCCUCCUUGGGGUGUCAUUGAGAACCGGACAGAUCUUAUUGGAAGAGAUGUGGUGUGCCUGUACCAGACUCUGGGCAACCCCCUCAGCAAACUCACCACACUCAACUGCAUGCACUCCCACUUCAUCCUGUCCGAUGAUGGCACUGUGGGCAAGUAUGGCAAUGAGAUGAAGCUCAGGAGGAACCUGGAAAAGUACCUCUCUCUGCAGAAAAUACACAGCCGCUCAAGACAAGGAGUGCCUGUGGUGGGGCUGGUGGUGGAAGGUGGUCCCAAUGUCAUCCUCUCAGUGUGGGAGACUGUGAAAGACAAAGAUCCAGUGGUGGUGUGUGAAGGCACAGGCAGGGCUGCCGACCUCCUGGCCUUCACCCACAAACACUUUGCAGAUGAAGGGACCCUGCGUCCUCAGGUGAAGGAGGAGAUCAUCUGCAUGAUUCAGAACACUUUCAACUUUAGUCUUAAACAGUCCAAGCACCUUUUUCAAAUUCUGAUGGAGUGUAUGGUGCACAGGGAUUCUAUUACCAUUUUUGAUGCUGAUUCUGAAGAGUCACAGGACCUUGAUUUAGCAAUCCUAACAGCUCUGCUAAAGGGCACAAAUUUAUCAGCAUCAGAACAAUUAAAUCUGGCAAUGGCUUGGGACAGGAUGGACAUUGCCAAGAAACAUAUCCUAAUUUAUGGACAACAUUGGAAGCCUGGCUCGCUAGAACAAGCAAUGUUAGAUGCUUUGGUGAUGGAUCGAGUGGAUUUCGUGAAGCUCUUAAUAGAAUAUGGCAUGAACCUCCAUCGCUUUCUUACCAUCUCCCGACUGGAAGAGCUCUAUAAUACAAAACAAGGACCAACCAAUAUGCUCUUGCAUCAUCUUGUCCGAGAUGUAAAACAGCAUGCCGUUCUCUCAGGCUACAGAAUAACGCUGAUUGACAUUGGACUGGUGAUAGAAUACCUUAUUGGUAGAGCAUAUCGCAGCAGCUAUACCAGAAAAAAUUUCAGAGCCCUCUACAGCAACCUCUACAGAAAACAUAAGCAAGUGACCACUUUUGCUCAAAGCCUUCCCCAGCCCCCUCUUCACCGAAGAUGCCGCUCAGGAAAUAGAAAUGAAUCUGCAGAAAGCACACUGCACUACCAGUUCAUUAGAACUGCCCAACCUUACAAAGUCAAGGAAAAGUCUGUAGCCCUUCAUAAAUCAAGGAAGAAGUCAAAAGAAGAACAAAAUAUAUCAGAUGACCCUGACUCUACUGGCUUUAUUUAUCCUUAUAAUGACCUGCUGGUUUGGGCUGUGCUAAUGAAAAGGCAGAAGAUGGCCAUGUUCUUCUGGCAGCACGGAGAGGAGGCCACAGUCAAGGCAGUAAUUGCUUGUAUACUGUACCGAGCAAUGGCCCGGGAAGCCAAGGAGAGCAACAUGGUUGAUGAUGCCUCAGAAGAGCUGAAAAAUUACUCAAAACAGUUUGGCCGGCUUGCCCUAGAUGUGUUGGAGAAGGCAUUCAAACAGAAUGAAAGAAUGGCCAUGAAACUGUUGACCUAUGAACUCAAGAACUGGAGCAAUUCUACCUGUUUAAAACUGGCUGUUUCUGGAGGGUUGAGGCCCUUUGUUUCACAUACUUGUACCCAAAUGCUACUGACAGAUAUGUGGAUGGGGCGUCUGAAAAUGAGGAAAAACUCUUGGUUAAAGAUCAUCAUCAGUAUUCUUUUCCCACCCACCAUUUUGACAUUGGAAUUUAAAAGCAAAGCAGAGAUGUCACAUGUUCCCCAGUCCCAGGACUCCCAGUUUACGUGGUAUAAUGGUGACCAGAAUGCCAGCGCUCCCAAAGAAAGUGCUUGUCUGAAAGACUAUGAUUUGGAAAGUGGCCCUGAUGAGAAACCAGAUGAAAAUCAGCACUUUGAUUUGAAGAGUGGGCCCCAAAGCCUCCCAUGGACCAGGAAAGUCUAUGAGUUCUACAGUGCUCCAAUUGUCAAGUUUUGGUUUUAUACGAUGGUGUAUUUGGCAUUCCUCAUGCUGUUCACUUACACCGUGUUGGUGGAGAUGCAACCCCAGCCCACCGUGCAAGAGUGGCUCGUUAUCAUUUACAUCUUCACCAAUGCCAUUGAGAAAGUCAGGGAGGUCUAUAUUUCAGAACCUGGGAAGUUUACUCAAAAGGUGAAGGUAUGGAUUAGCGAGUACUGGAAUCUGAUGGAAACUGUGGCUACUGGCCUGUUUUUGGUGGGUUUUGGCCUUCGGUGGGGUGACCCUCCUUUUUACACGGCGGGAAGACUAAUAUACUGCAUCGACAUCAUAUUCUGGUUCUCACGGCUCCUGGACUUCUUUGCUGUGAAUCAACAUGCUGGUCCCUAUGUGACCAUGAUUGCAAAAAUGACGGCAAACAUGUUCUACAUCGUGAUCAUCAUGGCCAUCGUCCUGCUGAGCUUUGGAGUGGCGCGCAAGGCCAUACUUUCACCAAAGGAGCCUCCAUCCUGGAGCCUUGCUCGAGAUAUCGUGUUUGAGCCAUACUGGAUGAUCUAUGGAGAAGUCUAUGCUUCAGAGAUAGAUGUUUGUUCAAGCCAGCCGUCCUGCCCUCCUGGUUCUUUUCUUACUCCGUUCCUGCAAGCUGUCUACCUCUUCGUGCAAUAUAUCAUCAUGGUGAACCUGUUGAUUGCUUUCUUCAAUAACGUUUACAUAGAUCUGAAAUCCAUUUCAAAUAACCUGUGGAAAUACAAUCGCUAUCGCUACAUCAUGACCUACCACGAGAAGCCUUGGCUGCCCCCGCCUUUUAUCCUGCUGAGUCACAUUGGUCUCCUCCUUCGCCGUCUUUGCCAUCACCAAGUUCCAAAUGACCAAGAAGAGGGUGAUGUUGGAUUAAAGCUCUACCUGAGUAAGGAGGAUCUGAAAAAACUUCACAGUUUUGAAGAACAGUGUGUGGAAAAAUACUUCCAUGAGAAGAUGGAAGGUCUGAAUUGUAGUUGUGAGGAACGAAUCCGAGUGACGUCAGAAAGGGUUACAGAAAUGUGCUUCCAACUGAAAGAAAUGAAUGAAAAGGUGUCUUUCAUAAGGGACUCCUUAUUGUCUUUGGACAGCCAGGUGGGACACCUGCAGGACCUCUCUGCCCUUACAGUGGAUACCUUAAAAGUCCUUUCUGCUGUUGACACCUUACAAGAGGAUGAGGCCCUCCUGGCCAACAGAAAGCAUUCUACUUGCAGAAAACUUCCCCACAGCUGGAGCAAUGUCAUCUGUGCAGAGGUUCUAGGCAGCCUGGAGAUCUCUGGAAAGAAGAAAUACCAGUGUUAUAGCAUGCCCCCUUCUUUGCUGCGGAGCCUGGCCAGAGGCUGGCAUCCCCCACGAGUGCAGACAGGGCCCUUUCUUGAGAUUACAGACAGAAAGUUUUCAAAUGUAAGAGAUGACCAGGAAGAGCAAGAAACAGAAAAUAGUAUAGUUGCUUCUGGGGUGUCCCUGAACAGGCAAGCACACCCAAAGUAUGGCCAAUUUCUCCUGGUCCCUUCUCAUCUAGAGCAAGUUCCUUAUUCUGCAGAAACCAACUUGCCUCUGUCCAGACCAUCUUUGGAAGCAGGUACAGAUGUGCUGGCAACUGAACAUGUCACCCAGAGUGCGGUCCCUGUUCAUCUGAUGUGGCAGACCCCGGUUGUCUCAGCCCAGGGCUCAGUGGUGGAAACCAAGGAGCAGUGUGAGUCACUUGCUCAGUUACCAGCCAGACAAGACAAGGAGGAGCAAGUGCUACCCACAUUGAUUUGCACACCUGCACCCGUUAAAGUGACCUCCCUCCCUUCCCAAGUCAAGAGCAUGCAAACUGGAGGUGGAUAUGUGAACUGGGCAUUUUCAGAAGGCGAUGAAACUGGUGUGUUUAGCACCGAGAAACAAUGGCAAACCUGCUUGGCCUCCACUUGUAACUGUGACUCCAAACAGAGUGAACAAUGUCAGAGGCAGAUCCAGGACAGAUCCCUAUCUGAUAAGUCAACAAGAUUGGCCCAGAGGGAUUGCCCAGAGGUGGGACCAUGGCUUCAGCAAAACACAUCCCUUCGGAUCAGUCCCCUUCGUAGAGACAGGCCCUUCAUUAGGAGUCAGAGUUUAAGAAUACACAAAGAGGAGAAAUUGAAGAUCUGUAAGAUUAAAAAUCUUUCAAAAUCCUCAGAGAUAGGACAGUCAAAAUGGAUCAAAGCAAAAAUGCUAACCAAGGAUAGGAAAUUGUCAAAGAAAAAGAAGAAAACACAAGGACUACAGGUGCCAGUCAUAACAGUCAACACCUGCUCUCAAAGUGACCAACUGAACCCAGAGCCAGGAGAAAAUAAGAUCUCAGAAGAACAGAAUUGCAGCAAGAACUGGAUUCCGGUGUCCAAAUUUAGUCAGAUAAGUCUAGAAUCUUACAUAUAUCAGAAAAUGAAAAGUAGAGAAACUGAACGGCAUUCUGUACACGUCAGUGAUCAUGUAAGGCAGUCUCAAGAGGAUCUAAGCAAAAACUCUUUGUGGAAUUCAAGGAGCACCAAGGUCAAUAGGAACUCUCAGUUGAGAAUUUCAAAUGGAGUUAACAGAAUCUCAACCUCCUUAAAAAGCCCUCAAGAAUCUCACCAUCAUUAUUCAGCCAUUGAAAGGAACAAUUUAAUGAGGCUUUCUCAGACCAUACCAUUUACACCAAUUCAACUGUUUGGAGAAGAAGUAACUGUCUACAGGCUGGAGGAGAGUUCCCCUUUGAAUCUGGAUAAAAGCAUGUCUUCUUGGUCCCAGCGAGGGAGAUCUGCAAUGAUCCAGGUGUUGUCCCAAGAGGAGAUGGAUGGUGGCCUCCGCAAAGCCAUGAAAGUCAUUAGUACCUGGUCUGAGGAUGACGUCCUCAAGCCGGGGCACGUUUUCAUUGUGAAGUCCUUUCUUCCUGAGGUUGUGCAGGCAUGGCGCAAAAUCUUCCAGGAAAGUACUGUGCUUCAUCUUUGCCUCAGGGAAAUUCAACAACAAAGAGCUGCUCAAAAACUGAUCUAUACCUUCAACCAAGUGAAACCACAAACCAUUCCCUACACUCCAAGGUUCCUGGAAGUGUUCUUAAUCUACUGCCAUUCAGCCAAGCAGUGGUUGACCAUUGAGAAGUACAUGACUGGGGAGUUCCGGAAGUACAACAACAACAACGGUGAUGAAAUUGCCCCCAGCAACACCUUGGAGGAGCUGAUGUUGGCUUUCUCUCACUGGACCUAUGAGUAUACUCGGGGAGAGCUGCUGGUUUUAGAUCUGCAAGGUGUUGGAGAAAAUUUGACAGAUCCAUCUGUUAUAAAACCUGAAGAAAAACAAUCAAGAGGAAUGGUGUUUGGACCAGCCAAUUUAGGGGAAGAUGCAAUUAGAAACUUCAUUGCAAAACAUCGUUGCAACUCCUGCUGCCGGAAGCUCAAACUCCCGGAUUUAAAAAGAAAUGACUAUUCCCCCGGAAGGAUAAAUUCCGCCUUUGGACUUGAAAUCAAAACUGAACCAGCUGAGGAGACUCCAGCAGAGGAAGAGGGUAAUAAUUCUCCAGAAGACCUCACACGAUUGUAAGAAAGGGAGAAGUAAGAAGAUGACAGCCCUUGCCCUCCCUUCUAUGAACUCUAUGGUAACAUAGAUUGAUUGAUGUAACACUGGUUAUGUCAGAGCCUCUGCCAGGAUGGCCUUACCCUGAGGGCCUCCUGGGACAUGCCUUCUGAGCCUCAUGUCUCCCCUCCCCAAGGACCUCACUGGUGUAUGAUGAAUGGCUUCUCCUACAUAUUGACCUGUGUGCAGGGUGCUUUGCGUGUGUUCGUCAUUCUCAAGUUGCACAAGAAGACAGAUGACUCAGCCAGGAAUGCUGCUCUUCAUACCUCAUUCCUUGUGCAGAAUGCUGGGCACUAAAGAACCAGGCAGAUAAAUUUAAUUUAUUUUCUUAC